ACGGCAGCUCCCGGCUGGCGGCAAAGCCUGGAACAGCCGAUGGGUUUCCUCCCGCCGCUUUCGAUGGAUUUGUUGCCGGCGAGUAAUUCAGAGGAGGGGAAGCAGCGAGCGAGCAAAGCACACAUUGAAACUGAAAAUGAAGAUGAUGUACAGUUUGUGUCUAUAAGCCACAAAGAAGUAGAUGAGAAUGGAUCGUUUGUGGCAAUCAGAAAAUCUAUGAAAGCCAGAAAUCACUGAUGUGAUGGAUCUUUGGUUCAUUUGACUAAGAGAUUCAUGGAUCUUGUCAAAUCUGCUCCAGAAGGUGUUGUUGACUUAAAUGAGGCAUCACGUAUGCUGGGGGUACGUAAACAAAGAAUAUAUGACACUGUAAAUGUCUUGAAUGGAAUACAACUUGUUCAGAAAUGAUCCAAGAACCUCAUCCAGUGGGUUGGAUCUAAUAUUAAGCAGAUUACUAAAAGGACACCAGAGCAGCAAAAGCUAAAAGAUGAACUUUAUGACUUAACUGCAAUGGAAGAAGCAUUGGAUGAAUUAAUAAAGGAUUGUGCUCACCAAUUGUUUGAUCUAACAGAUGACAAGGAAAACACAAGGCUAGCUUAUGUGACCUAUCAGGAUAUCUGUAGCAUUCAAACAUUUCAAGAACAGGUUGUUAUUGCAAUCAAGGCUCCAGAAGAAACAAAAAUGGAGUUCUGAGUUACAUGGGGUAUAUGAAAACAGUUGGAUUACCACAAGCAUUUGAUUUCUGCACUUCAGUUUCUUCCCCAGACCAAUGCUGACAUGUAAAGAACUUGGAAAAGCAAAUACUUUGCAGAUCUUGCAGACCUCGCAGUCCUACUGUGCCUCCUUCAAAUACCUGGAUGGAGAUCUUUGGGAUGUGCAGUUUUUCUUACCUCUCCAUGCUAAGCUGCACCAGCAGAAUUCCCUUCUUGUAUACAACUAUUGUAAAAAGAGGAGCCCUGCCCUCCUUUGCAACUCCUUACCUUCUGCCAAUUUUCUUUCUAUUGUUUUCUAUGACUUUCUCUGCCUUAAAAAAAAUUGUAAUUACUUUUUUAUAGCUCUUCAGAAUUGAAUAUGGAACAAAGUGUUAUCAGAAUGGGACAAUUUUUAAAGAUAUGCAUUUUUAAAUUUUGAAGUGGCACUGUUUCCAGAUGGAAUUGUCAGACCAAUGCUGUGACAUGAAAAGAACUUGCAAAAGCAAAUACAUUGCAGAAGACAGAGAGAGAGAACAUGAACGAAUGAACAAACUGUGCUUAAACUACCACUAAGGGAAAUCUUGGAAGGGUAAAACUGUACAGUGAAAUAGAAAUAAACUUGUAUAUAUGAAAAGUGCCAUAGCCUGUGGCCUUUCAUUUUGACAUAAAGCUCAACUAAUAUGCAGUAAUUUCAUACCAUCAGUGUAUGAGAUGAAGUUAUGCUUUGCAAACUAAGAUAUGCAAUACAAUAAGAAAAUAUAUUCUGAGAUAAGCAACAUGAUUCUAUGUUUAAUUUGGAAAUAAAUUCCACACAGUUCAUGAGUGUUGCAAGUAAGUGUGCAUAGGAAUGCAACUUUAGUUUCGUUCGCAUGUAGUGUCUAAACAUAAUUGCACUGUGCAACAGGUUUUCCAUUUAAUUAUGCACUGUUGCUUAUUUUAGAUUUUUAUCUUUGGUUAACUAGUUACUAUAAUUUAAAUGGUACUACAAGUUGAUUGACUUAAUCAGAUUUUAUCGAUGUAAACUCAACUGUGUUUGCACUAGUGCAGAGCCAUGUCUGGUGGGCUGGGUAAUAAAUGAACUUUAAAAAAAAACAA